AUGGAAAUACAGCGCCACAAACCGAUCAACACUGGCUCAUUACCGGAACCGGAGUUCUCCUUCAGAUUGAGCAAAGUAGCGUUGGCCCAGAUCUGCAAAUCGGUGGGCUUCAAGGAGGCCCAAAGCUCAGCCCUCGAAGCGCUCACAGACAUCGCUACCAGGUACUUGAAAGUAAUCGCCAAGUUGGCUGCAGACUCUGCCAAUUCUCGCCGCCGCACUGAAUCGAACCUCCUUGACGUCGUCGUUGCCCUCGAAGAUUUGGGUUCUGUACGAGGUUUUCGGGGUGGGUCUGAUACAAACUUACAUACAUUGUACAAGUCGCAGGUGGUUAAAGAUUUGAUGGAGUUUGUUAAGUAUACUCAUGAAAUCCCAUUCGCUCAGCCGUUGGAUGGGAAAUUUUUUUGUCGGGGUGGGAAAGUGAAUUUUUUGAAACAUAGGGGGGUUGAGGAUAACAAUAAUUGGUAUUCUGAUGGGGUGGGAUUAAUGCAUGUGCCAAGGUGGUUGCCUAUUAUGCCGGAGAUGGGUGGGGAGGAAAAGGGAGAGGAAAGGAAAAGGGAGGGAAAAUGGGGGUGUUUGAAUGGUGGGAUUGAGGGUGAAGGGGAAAAGAGAUGGGGGAUGGGAAUUUGGGAGGGAAAAGUGGUGGAAAAAGAGGGAAGUAAAGAAAUUGAAUCGUUAAGGAAUAGAAAGAAGGUGAAGUUUAAAUUGAGGGUGGAUGGGAACAGAAAUGGUGGUGGAAUGGUGGGGAAUUAUAGGGGUGGUGUGUGCAGGGGUGGUGGAAUUGGGAAAAGGGUUCUUUGCAAGGAUUGGAGUGGUGGUGGAGGCGAAUGCGAAUGCGACGAGGAAGAAAAUAAGAGGAUGAUGAAAGUCAUGAAUAAGAUAUCAAGAUAG